AUGACAGACUUGUGGUUGAUUUCUGUCCCACUGGACAAGACCAGUUUAACCAGUGUAGAGAAACUCAAGCGCACCAUUGCCAAAACCAACCUGGCCUCCUGCUGCAAGUUCUCCAUUCCAGAUCUCAAGGUGGGAAUCCUGGACAAUCUGCUCAGUACGUCAGAUGAUCUCUUCAAGCUCGACACGCUGACUGAAAGCGUGAUCAAAAAAACAUGUCAGUGUAUGAAGGAAGUGAUGGAGCACUCUACUGACAAAGUGCUGGAAAAUGCCUUAGCCAAUGGAGUGGACCUGAUGAGCUAUGUGACAAAGUUUCAGUGGGACAAAGCCAAGUAUCCCACAGCUCUGCCUCUCUCUAGCCUGGCAGACAUCAUCAACAAGGAAGUUUCUCAGGUGGAGACAGAAUUGAAAUCUCGGGCCGCGGCGUACAACAGUGUGAAAACAAGCUUGCAAAGCCUCGAGCACAAACUAGAUGGGAAUCUUCUAACUUGCUGUCUGAGUGACAUCGUGAGAAAAGAGGACCUGGUGGUCUCAGAGUACCUCACCACUCUACUGGUGGUGGUGUCCAGGGGCAGCUACCUGCAGUGGGAGAGGACCUAUGAAUCUUUGUCAGAGUUUGUGGUUCCUCGGUCCAGCAGGAAGCUGCACGAGGACGGAGAGGGGGGAGUUUUCUCAGUUACACUUUUCAAAAGAGCUGUGUGUGAAUUCAAAGCCAAAGCCCAGGAGAGCAAGUUCACUGUGCGUGAGUACAGCUUUGAUCUGGAGGAGAAGAGGCAGCAGGAGAUGAAGCAGCUUAGUGUUCACAAGAAGGAACAAUAUGGGAUCUUUGUGCGUUGGCUGAAGGUUAAUUUCAGUCAGGUGUUCAUUGCCUGGAUUCACUUGAAAGCACUGAGGGUGUUUGUGGAAUCGGUCCUCAGGUAUGGAUUACCUGUGAACUAUCAGGCUCUCCUGCUGCAGACUGACAGUAAGCGCUCGAAGAAACUCAGAGAAGAACUUGCCUCACUGUUCAUGCAUCUGGACCCCACUGCCACUGCCAGCAAGACAGAUGUAAGCUGUGACAUCCCAGGACUCUGUCAGCAGGAGUACUUCUCCUACAUCUGCUUCCACAUCAACACCAACGUGCUGGAGAUCAGCUAG